AUGGGCGACCACGUCCUCUUUUUCUAUGGAACCCUAAUGGUCCCGCAAAUCCUGCACAAAGUAAUCCACGGCCAGGAAAACCCAGAACCCUGGCAAAAAGCCAUGCUCCACUUCCAACCGGCCAUUCUACACGGUUACCGACGACAUCGCGUGCAGAACGCCGAUUACCCAGGGAUUGUCGAAGUUCCAGAGACAGCAACCGAGACGGAGAAGUUAUCUGCACCAGAAAUCAGUGCUGGGACAUCAGUCAUAGGAACUCUCGUGUCAGGACUAACAGACGGCGACGUUCACCGACUGGAUAGGUUCGAGGGCUCUGAGUAUGAGAAGAAACCAGUUGUUGUGCGCACACUGCAGGAGGCGCGUAUCAUUCUGCUGAGGGGGGGGACUGCCGAGAGCCAGCUGCGCGAAAUGUUGAAUGCGACAGGUGCUGAGGUUACUGAUAAGGGGAAGGAGGAGGUUUCGGCUGUGACUUAUGUGUGGACUGCUGGGAAGGAUAUGCUCGAGGAUACGGAAUGGGAUUUUGAGUCGUUUAAGAGGGAUAAGAUGGCGUGGUGGGUUGGGGUUGGGGCGAAUGAGAGUGAGUGGUAG